AAUAUUUUCCACUAAAAAUCAUAAUUAUAAUAAAAUUAGUCUAAAAGUAAUAUGACAUUCCAGGAAUUUAGAUGUCUACGGGUAAUUGAUUGUAAACAGGGAGCCGUAAGAGCAGUGCGCUACAAUGUCGAUGGCACAUAUUGUUUAACCUGCGGCUCAGAUAAAAAACUCAAAUUAUGGAAUCACAAGACUGGUCUUCUUUUGAAAACGUAUGGCGGUCAUGCCGAUGAGGUCACAGAUGCAGCUGGCAGUUGUGAAAGCAGUAACAUUGUUACUGCCAGCUUGGACAAGAGUAUCAUAUAUUGGGAUGUUAGCACGGGAGCGCCGGUAAGACGUUUGCGUGGACAUGCUGGUGGUGUUAAAUGUGUGUGCUUUAAUGAAGACUCCUCAAUAGCGAUAUCGGGUGGUCGUGAUAAUGCCGUAUUUUGUUGGGAUAUACGCACAAGACGUUUGGAGCCUGUACAAAUGAUGAGAGAAGCCAAAGAUUGUAUAACAUCUGUGCUGUGUAACGAAAAUAAAAUUAUCACCGCUUCACUGGAUGGUUGUGUAAGAUAUUAUGAUAUACGUGUGGGAGAAUUAACUUGUGAUAAGGUGGGAGUGCCCAUCACCUAUCUGACCAUGACACGAGACGAACAAUGUCUGUUGGCUGCUUGUCAGGAUAGUGUAGUGCGUUUACUCGAUUGUGAUUCCGGCGGUCUAUUGUCUGAAUAUAAAGGAAGCGAAUCGGAUGAUUAUCACAUUGAAUGCGGCAUUAUGUCUAAUGAUGCUCACAUUUUAUCGGGCAGCAGCAAUGGCGAUGCUAUCGUUUGGGAUUUGUUGGAGGGCAAAAUAUUACAAAAUGUUGAAAUUAGUAAAACUGGUGGUGUAGUUCAUUCUUUAGCUACGCAUCCUAAAUUGAAUGAAAUUUUAUUCGCCCGAAGGCGAGAUGUAUAUGUGUAUUCAACAGAAGUAGAGGACGAAAUAAUGGAUAUAUUAUAAUUAACAAAUACAAUUUUAUUAAUGUCUAGUA